AUGGAGCUGGGGAGCAAGAGUGUUCCUCAGGAUGGGCCUUCUCCCUCCACCUCAGAGUCUAAGGCCACCAAGGAAGAAGAGGAGGCCAAAGGUGUAUCUGGGGAGAGGACCAAAGAGGACAUUCGGCCGGGGGAAGCAGACAGGAAAUCAGCUGAAGGAGAAGGAGGAACUGUGGGUGAACCCAAGGAACAAGUUGAUGGGAUAGAGGAGGUUAAGUCUAAGCCCAAGGAGGAGGCUGAUGAGAAAGAGGAGGUAAAGUCUGAAUCUAAAGGGACUCCUGAGGAAGAGAAGGCCAAGUCUGAACCCAAAGAGGCUCUUGAUGACGAGAAGGCCAAAUCAGAUGUCAAGGAGGAACAUAGGAAAGAGCAAGCCAAGUAUGAACCCCAGGAGAAUCACGGGAAAGAGAAGCCCAAGUCUGAACUCGAAGAGGAUCAUGGAAAACGGGAGGCCAAAUCUAAACCCAAAAAGGCUGAUGAGAAAGAGAAGGGCAAAUCAGACCUGAAAGAGACUGGAGAGGAGGCUACACUUGGCCCGAAAGAGGAUCAAAGGAAAGAGGAAGCCAAGUCUGAAGCCAAAAAGACUGGUGAGAAAGAGGAAGCCAAGCCUGAACCCAAAGAGCAGGAGAGAAAGCCUGAAAAGGAGAGUGACAGCAAGGCUUCCACUGCAGAGCUGGGGGCAGAGGAAUCCCCUGAAACUCAGGAGCCAGAAGAUGCCACGGAGGCCCCAGCCCAGGGAGCGGAGGAGGAAGAAAAGGAGGAGCAAGCGGAGGAGACAGGGGAAGGAACCACCGUCCCAAGCUCCCCCGAAUGGCCAGAGAGCCCCACGGGGGAGGAUGGGGAGGGCCUGAGCCCAGAUGGAGCCAUCCCAGAUGGUUCUGCUACAGGAGAGACCAGCCCGGGAGCCAGCGAGUCCUCCCCCGGGGAAGGGCCACAGAGCCCUGUGGAACCCCCUCCCUCUGGAGAGAAGAAGAAGCUGCCGGAGCGUAGAGUGGCUCCCCCGGCCCGCCCCCGGGGCCCCCGUGCACAGAACCGCAAGGCCAUCGUGGACAAGUUUGGGGGGGCAGCCUCGGGCCCGACCGCGCUCUUCCGGAACCCGCGGGCGGCCGGGGCGGCGGUGGGCAGCGUCAGGAACAUGCUGCUGGACUGGUCGCGGGCCAUGACCCGCAACUAUGAGCACGUGGACAUCCAGAACUUUUCCUCCAGCUGGAGCAGUGGCAUGGCCUUCUGCGCCCUCAUCCACAAAUUCUUCCCCGACGCCUUCGACUACGCCGCCCUCGACCCCAAGCGUCGCCGGGACAACUUCACUCUUGCCUUCUCCACUGCAGAGAACUUGGCUGAUUGCGCCCAGCUACUAGAAGUGGAAGACAUGGUACGCCUAAGUGUCCCCGACUCCAAGUGCGUGUACACCUACAUCCAGGAGUUGUAUCGCUGCCUGGUCCAGAAGGGGCUGGUCAAAACCAAGAAGAAAUGAGGCCCCGGCCCGAGGCAGGCGCGUCCGAUCCACAAAGUCCAAAGGCCUGUGGGGGUUGCCCUUCGCUCAGGCCUGAUGUGAGCACCGCUGAGCAUUUUGGAAAGGCCUGGCAGGGGUGGAGGGAGAGAGCCAGUAGAGGGGAUAGGUCCCCACUGAGAAUCCCCUCUUUUCCCAUCCCGCUGGGAUAGUCGGGAGUGAGGCCGCCAUCAUCCGAAGAGAGCCCGAGAGUCCCCACUCUUCCCCAG